UGCGCGCGAGGAAGCGCUGCGGUUCGCGCGUCGGCUCCGAGGUGUCGCAGCUCACACACUUCCUCGUCCUCCUUCAUUUUCCUCACGGCGACCUGCAGUGACAAGAGCCCCCGCAGCGCAGAGUCCAGCUCCGAGCAGCCUGACCUCACUGACACGCUGCGUUCACUACUAUUAUUACCAUUAUUAGUGUGACUGAGAAACACUGGGGAUGUGACAUCUGGUACAGCUUCACAUGCGAGAGCAAGAAGAGAAGGUCCAUGGGGAGAAGCUGCUGAGAGGAGACUCCAGAGGAGAGGCCCGGACUCAAGCGCCUGAAAAGGCCUGAACGCCAUCGUUUUAGAUAUUUCUGAUCCCACGUGUCAAUUGUGAUGCCUCGUUCAUUUCUGGUGAAGCGACUGGGGCUGCACCACGUCCGUCCCGCAGCGAGGAGCCCCAGCCCCGCGUCGCCCGCAGCGGGGCCCUGGGACGCUCCGGUGGGCAGCGCUUUGUGGAGACAGGACCCUUCUGCAAACGGUCACAUUAACGGAACCGGGCCCGUGCCGCCAGUGAGGCCCAGGUCACACGACUCCGAACCUGUCGAGCCGCUCGGAACCUGCAGUCCCGUCAACUCGAAUGCGUUGAGCCCCGCGGAGGACGUGGACUCCUACUCUCCACCGGUGGUCUGGUCCAGAACCUACGUGAGCCCGGAAUACCCAGACAAGCUGUGCGGGGCCCUGGCGGACCUGACCCCGCACCGACACAUCGGGAGAGAGACCCGCAGCGGCGGCGGCUUCAAGUCCGCUCCGCUCAAACAGGAGUGUCCGCUCUGCAGCAAAGUAGGCGACGAGACGACAUUUCCCUCAGCUCAUCUUUACACCUUCACCACAGCCCGACCACGAAUGCAGCCAUUACGCGCUGUUAGUUUCUAUUUAACUUUUUUUUUCGCAGAUAUUUUCAUGCGUGUCCAGUUUGAAGACGCACAUAUGCAGGAGUCACGCGAGCAGAGCGCCUCUGACGGCCACGCACAUCAGGGCCGGCCGGACGAACUCGGGGCCGUCGUCGUGCCGGUCCAAGGAGAAGACGUUCGGCUGCGCGGUGUGCGGCAAGGUGUUCAAGCGCUCCUCCACCCUCUCCACGCACCUGCUCAUCCACUCGGACACGCGGCCGUAUCCGUGCCAGUACUGCGGCAAGAGGUUCCACCAGAAGUCCGACAUGAAGAAGCACACGUUCAUCCACACCGGUGCGUGUCCGCAGGAGAGAAGCCCCACGUGUGCCAGAUAUGCGGGAAGGCGUUCAGCCAGAGCUCCAACCUCAUCACGCACAGCCGCAAGCACAGGGACGAGCGGCCGCACCGCUGCGCGCGCUGCCUCUACGGCUUCCAGCACAAGGCGGAGCUGCGGCAGCACCAGGAGCGGCUGUGCGCGUACCGCUCGCUGCCGCACCUGCGGCCGCUGGACGCGUAGGUCUGAGCGGGUCCAGACCACUACUACGGAUCCGUAGUUCAAUGUAGAAUAUAACUACGAAUAGUUAAAAAAUGUACUACACGUACUUCAGGUGUGAAUAAACUUUUCUACUCUUCCA